AUGCGGCUGUCUCCCCUCCUACACCUAGUUGUCGAGGCGACUAUCGCUCACGCGCAUUUCGACCCAUCUCGUUUUACAUGGUACACCACACCAGCCAACAAUUUCUCCUCAACAUUACCACUCGGAAAUGGCCGACUAGGCGCAGCAGUCUGGGGCUCUACAGUGGAAAAUAUAACCCUGAACGAGAAUUCCAUAUGGGGCGGCCAGUUCAUGGACCGCGCCAAUCCGGAUGCGUACAACGCUUUAGAUCCUGUCCGGUCCAUGCUUAAACAAGAGAACAUCACAGCGGCUGGAGAGAUGACGUUGGAGAAUAUGAUCGGAAGUCCAGAUGAGCCUCGGGCUUAUCAUCCACUUGGUUCGUUGGUCUUGGACUUCGGACAUGAGGGUUCUCAUAUCAAGAACUAUACCCGGUCACUGGAUUUGCUCAAGGGACGUGCGGUUGUGGACUAUGAGUAUCACGGUGUUAAAUUCCGGCGGGAGUACGUUGCCAGCCACCCAGCUGGUGUGAUUGCAGCGCGACUUAGGGCUAGCGAGGCUGGUCAGCUAGAGGUCACGGUUUCCCUGUUUCGUGAUCGGUAUGUCGUGGAGAACGCAGCGACCGUAGGAAACAACACCGGAAUACUCAAACUCCGCGCUACAACGGCCGAGUCAGACGGGAUCAACUUUUCUGCAGCGGCCCGGAUUGUCGCUCAUGAAGCGCGGGUAUCACGCAACGCAAGUUCGGUAGUAGUCCAAAAUGCGACAAUCGUGGACAUCUUCAUUGAUACCGAAACAUCCUAUCGGUAUGCUGACCAGACAACAUGGGACGCAGAGAUAGAGCGCAAGCUCGACGCAGCCGUGCUGGCCGGGUUUCCUGCCAUCGCGAAAUCAGCCACGGCUGAUCAUGAAGCCCUCGCAGGGCGAGUACAUCUCGAACUAGGGUCAUCAGGUGCUGCAGGGCAGUUACCUACUGAUGUCCGACUUGAGAGAUACAAGAUCGACCCUGAUGCGGACCCCGAACUAGUGACUCUCAUGUUCCAGUUCGGUCGGUAUUCUCUCAUCGCGUCAUCGCGGGACACGGGUGCUUCGCCGUUGCCUCCCAACCUCCAAGGGCUGUGGAACGAAGACUUCGAGCCUGCGUGGGGAGGGCGGUAUACGGUGAACAUUAACCUGGAGAUGAACUACUGGCCAGCCGGCGAUAUUGCGCGGCGCAUGUACCACUGCGAUAAUGACGGCUAUGUUUUACAUCAUAACACGGACCUCUGGGGAGAUGCGGUUCCAGUGAACAACGGGACUAAGUGGACGAUGUGGCCGAUGGGUGGUGCAUGGUUGUCCGCGAAUCUGAUGGAACAUUAUCGUUUCACGCAGGACGCAGCUCUCCUGGAAGAACGCAUCUGGCCGCUCUUGCGGUCUGCUGCCCAGUUCUAUCAUUGCUACCUGUUCCCUUUCAAUGGCUAUCUGAGCACGGGACCGUCAUCUUCACCAGAAAAUGCGUUUGUCGUGCCGGACGACAUGAGCCAGAGCGGCAAGGAAGAGGGCAUCGACAUUGCUCCGACGAUGGACAAUACGCUUUUAUCAGAGCUCUUCCACUCUAUUAUAGAAACCGGUAAAAUCCUGGGUAUCAACAACGCAGAUACCAGCAAAGCAGUAUCCACGCUACCACUCAUCAAGCCCCCACAGAUCGGAUCCUACGGACAAAUCCUCGAAUGGCGUCACGAAUACGAAGAAACAGAACCAGGCCACCGACACAUGAGCCCCAUCUUCGGGCUCUUCCCAGGAUCUCAAAUGACGCCCCUUGUGAAUUCAACAUUAGCCGCCGCCGCAAAGGUCCUACUGGACCACCGUAUCGCCCAUGGCAGCGGCAGUACAGGCUGGUCGAGAGCGUGGACGAUUAGUCUUUACUCUCGCUCGUUCGACGGAGACGCCGCGUGGAACCACACCCGGGUAUUCCUGCAGACGUAUCCGAGUGGGAAUCUGUGGAAUACAGACUCUGGACCUGGAUCGGCCUUCCAGAUUGAUGGUAACUUUGGGUUCACGGCAGGCGUUGCUGAGAUGCUGCUGCAGAGUCAUGCUGGGGUGGUGCAUUUGCUGCCAGCUUUGCCGUCAGCUGUGCCAAAUGGGAAGGUGACCGGACUGGUGGCCAGGGGGAACUUUGUGGUGGAUAUGGAGUGGUCGGGUGGUAAGCUGACUUGGGCGAGGGUCACGGCUAGAGCGGGUGGGAUAUUAGCGAUACGUGUGCAGGAUGGAAAACAGUUUAGUGUGAAUGGCAGUGUGUGUAGAGAGGAGAUUUCGACUGCCAAGGGCGAUAUAUACGAGAUCUCACCGCUAUAG